AUGGCGGCUCUUUCGUCCACCGCUGCGUCUGCUGACGUCAGCGAAGAGAGGGGUAAGGUGGUGGUGAGCCUGCUGGACUAUGGCGCGGGAAACGUGAGGAGCGUUAGGAACGCCAUCAAGGCUUCGGGGUACACCACCGUCGACGUGCUCACCCCUGAGGACAUCGAGAAAGCACAGGUGAUCGUGUUCCCCGGUGUGGGAUCGUUCGGCAGCGCGAUGGAGACCCUCAACGACAAGGGCUUCACGGGGCCCCUGACGGAGUACAUCAAGCAGGACCGCGCUUUCUUCGGCAUCUGCCUGGGCAUGCAGACUCUUUUCGAUGGCAGCGACGAGACCCCCGGGCUGAAAGGGCUGGGCGUCAUCCCGGGUAUGGUCGCGAGCUUCGACCCUGCCAAGACCGCGGUGCCCCACAUCGGAUGGAACGGCCUUUGCGUGAGGAAGGAGCACCCCUUUGUCGAUGACUUCGACACCGACGGGGACGCGGUCUACUUCGUGCACAGCUUCCGCGCGACUAGCACGCCCGAGAACGAGGAGUGGGUCUUGAGCACGACGACGUACGGCGGAGGUGCGGGAGAGCCGCCGGAGCACUUCAUCUCGUCCGUGCAGAAGGGGAACGUGACCGCCUGCCAGUUCCAUCCGGAGAAGAGCGGAAAGGUCGGUCUCCGUCUCCUGGGAGCGUUCCUGGAUUCUGUGGGAAAGGGAAAGAUGGGGGGCGUUUCGGCCGAGGGGAGCGGGAACAGCAGCGGCGGCGGAGGAAGCGCCAGGGGGAACGAGGACACCAAGCUGGUGAAGAGAAUCGUGGCGUGCUUGGAUGUCAGGUCCAACGACCAAGGGGACCUCGUGGUGACCAAGGGAGACCAGUACGACGUAAGGGAGGCGGGGACUCAGGAGGGGAAGGGGGACGUCAGGAACCUCGGGAAACCCGUGGAACUUUCCGGGAGGUACUACGAGGAAGGGGCCGAUGAGGUUUGCUUCUUGAACAUCACGUCCUUCAGGCAAGGGGUGCUCGACGACCUCCCCAUGCUCAAGGUGCUGGAGCUCGCAUCCGAACGCGUGUUCGUCCCUCUCACCGUGGGAGGAGGCAUCAGGAGCCACACCGACGACUCCGGGAAGACGUACAGUGCCGUCGAGGUGGCAUCCCGCUACUUCAGGGCCGGCGCGGACAAGAUCUCUCUGGGCUCGGAUGCCGUCUACGCCGCGGAGGCCCUGCUCAAGCGAGGUGGAGAGUUGACCGGCGACAGCUCGAUAGAGCAGAUCUCCCACGUCUACGGAAAGCAGGCCGUCGUUGUCUCGGUGGACCCCAGGAGGGUGUACGUGGCUAACCCGGAGGACGCGCCGAAGCACACGGUCCUCAAGGUCAAGGAGUCGGACAAGGGGGGUCCAAUGGGACAGAGGUACUGCUGGUACCAGUGCACUGUCAAGGGGGGAAGGGAAGGCAAGGACAUCGAUGCUGUCUCGCUCGCCAAGAGCUGCGAGACACUCGGGGCAGGAGAAAUUCUGCUGAACUGUGUCGACAUGGACGGCCAGAAGGACGGGUUCGACCUGGAGCUGGUCAAGGCUGUAAUGGGAGCGGUGUCUAUCCCGGUCAUCGCGUCGAGCGGGGCUGGCGCCGUGGAGCAUUUUUCGGAGGUCUUCGACGCGACGGGGGUCCAGGCUGCGCUCGCCGCUGGAAUUUUCCACCGCAAGGAAGUUUCCAUAUCGGAGGUUAAAGACCACCUGGCGGAGAAGGGGGUCCCGGCUAGGAGAGCCGCGUGAAGUGAAGCGGUGGUAGUUUCACCGCAUGGUGGUAGAGUAACAGUUCCACCGCAAGUGGUAGAGACCAACACACCCCCGCUUCACGCGAAUAUAGCAGUGUCACCACAAGAGGUGAUGGCAAGAUAUGUAGCAGUUGCGUCGCAUUAAGUGGUAAGAGACCCGGUUCCCCCGCUUCGAGCGCGAAGCAUGAACACGCCGCGGACGACCGAGCUCCACCGCGUGAAGUGCAAGAAACUUGAAAAGUCCCGCCGCGUGGCGCUACAGCACCGCAGCCUGUUGGUGGCGCUCGGAGCUCCACCAUGAUUCGAGCAAAGUUCAGAACAUCUCCAGAGAGGAGUGGUGUCGGAAGAGGGCGGCCUUAGGCUAGACUUUCGAUUGUUUGUUAGGUGCUGUCGUAGAAGGCAUCCGCCGAUGUGGGGUACGCCGGCAAGUGCGAAACGACUUCUGAGAGUCGCAGUACGUUAACAACAUUGCUUCCCCCGGUGGAGAUAACCCAACUAAUUGACCCAGCGGUGUGUGAGAUGCCAGUAUUUUGCUGAGCCGGCUGCCGGGCGGGCGUGUCCGUCGCCUGGGUAUCCGGCCGGUAGGCAUUCGUUGCCGAUGCGUACAGCCUGGACCGAUGUCCCGGAGUUUGUUUGCUGGGUUGAGAGCAGGAGGAGAGGCAACAGCGAUGUCGCUAAGAUUUAGGACUGGGUAUUGAUUGGCGGUGCCCGUGAUGUCUUCUG